UCUCCGUUCUCACUCGCACCUCAACUCCUCCUUGCGUCCCCGACCGCCGCCAGACCCUCUUUCCCCUCUUCCCUCAUCCUCUCCUCUCCUCAUCCCCCCUCCCCUUCCCCUUCCCUCCGUUCUUGUCUCUCCUGCUCUGCUGUCACCUCCGCUCAGGGCAUCGGCCUCAAUGCAGCGCCCGCCAUGUCGCUCAAUGGGCUAGAUCAUGCCACCGUCCUUGAAGCCUACCAGACCGCGCUGACCGAAGCCGGUGGAUGGUUUCUGCUCCGGUAUGUAUCAAGGGAUGAAGUCGAUCUCCUCGAGCGCGGCACCGGCGGGGUCCCCGACGUGCGCAAUGCGAUCGACGGCUACGAAGAGACAUCCCCCCUCUACGGCUUUCUACAAUACCGCCGCAGGAAGGUCGUCCUCAGCUACCUGCCGGAGGGCAUGUCCCGGCUCGUGCAAGCCCGAACCACCGUCCACUUCCAAUCCGUCCUCGACAAAUUCUCCCCUCACGAUACCGUCUUCUCCGUCAAGGAGCCGUCCGACCUCACGGAAAGCGCCCUCUCCUCCGCCUGCCUGCUGCAUACCGCCACCGGCUCGAUCACCACCUCCUCGUCCAACUCCCUCCGCCGGCGCCGACUCAAGGAAAUCGCGGAAGAUGCGGAGGAGAAUACCGUAGGCAAGGACGAGGCCCAGACACCCGCACCCACACCCGCCAAUGUCAUGCAUCAGCGCUCGUUCAGUCAGCUGUCGGACGCCACCGUCGUUCCGCCGUCGCCGUCGGUGUCGAGCGUGCAUCCAUCCCCCAUCAUCGAGACCAGAGGCUCCGAGGCCGGGUCCAUCCGCGAACGAUCCCCGUCCGUAGCCACGCUGGAACGGCUGCCGUCGAAUCGCACCCUCCGCGAGGACUCUGCGCCGUCGGAACCCCGCAAAUCGUCCCAGUCGGCCAGGCCCUCGAUCCGAGACCUGGAGCGCGCCGCAGGAAUCACCCCCAAGGUCAAACUGGGCCCCCGACCUUCCGUAGACGGCAGUGGACGGCCUCGUACGGCGGGCAACCUGUCGCGGAGCGCGGAACAGCGGCCAGUGGCGUCGCUGCCAGCGGGCGUGCGGUCGUCCUCCCUGCGCAAGGCCAAUCCCAGUCCCUCUCGACCGCGCUCCCAGGGGCACGGGACCCCGGUGGUAAGCAAGGUGCCCGCAGUGCCGCCAUUGCUGGUGCCGCCGUUGUCCAUGGCCAUCUCGCGGCCCAAGCUAUCCCCGGGCGCCAAAUCCCUCAGCGCGCUAUCGUCUUCCACCACGUCCAACGAGAAGGAGCGGUUGAUGAAGGCGCUGCAGAUGCGGAAGACGCAGAUGGCCAAGGCCAGGGAGAGGAAAGCGCCGAGUAUAGGGAGCGUGUCGGAUGGGACCGAAAAUAAGGAGAACAUCGGCCGUCUCCCCGCUAAAAUGAGGCCCGAUGGGGGCGACGAAACGGUCCCGCCAGCCAAGGAGCCCAAGGAGCCCCUUUCUGCGAAGCCAGAUCAGGGGGCGCAUCCAUCUCCUAUUUCUACCCAGCCCGACCCCGUCGGCUCGGAUUCCCCUGACACUCCCCCCUCGCCAGCACUCGCAGCAGCAGCGCAACCGGACAGGUCGCCCACUCGUUCGGAACCUGAAACACAGCCGGGCGACAGGGACUUGGCCGCGUCUGAUUACGGCGGCACUACGGGUGGCCCCUGCUCCCCUAGCGCCAUCGACGUCCCACUUGAGAACACUUCUGGAAAAGCCCCCGGCGAAGAAAUUGUCGGCCCCUCGCCACCAUCAGACCUCAACCCUCUUGUUCCUGGCGAACAAGAGGUCCUCACCACCGCAGCGGACCAAGUUCCUCUCAGACACGAAUCCCCACCGCAUCGUUCACGGCCGACUGCCCCCCCUCCCUCGUCGAUCCCCGAGCCUCCGACGGAGCCGCAGCAUGACUUGACCCCUGAAUCCCAUGUGGAGCGAUCAAACACUCGAAAGGAGAAACGCAAACUAUACCUCGAACCCAUCCAAGUCCCUACCCCCGACUACUCGGAUGACGAUAACCUGCUGUCCGACGACUCCUUCAUGGAAGAAUUGACCAGCGCUACGGUGGAAGAGGCCAAGCCAAUCUCGGUGGGCAUCUCCCCCCUAUCCCCGGGCUACUCGAACAGCGGCAACGGGAAGGUGUCGCCGGAUGCGUGGAAGAACUCGCGUGCCGUGUCGAAUCCCAGCGCCUUGAGCCAUCUCACCGAACCAUCCACCAUGCCGACCGUCGCCGUCCGGUCGGUGUCGACGCCGCCUGUGGACGCCGACGCCAACGCCCCGCUGGUGGCCAAGAAGAUCAACGUGUCAUCAGGCAUCUCACAACGCAUCAAGGCCCUGGAGAAGUUCUCCGGGCCGGCCCCCCAAUCUCUGGCGGCGCCGUCGUUUGAUAGCAUCCGCAAGGGCUACAGUGCGACCCCCCGCCCCUUAUCCUUCCACCCUGAAUCCUUCUCGCGGGCCCCCAGCCUGCGACGGCCCAGCUCCCAGGCGGGUCCCCCGGGCCUCACGCGCACUGCGAGUUCGGUGUCGGUGACGGCGCGGAUCGUGCGUGAGCGGGCAGGGUCGACUGUUGAGCCGGACCUCGCCGCGCUAAACCUGCAGCCCAGUCAGAUCACCGUGCAGCAGGAAACCACGCAGGUGCCGGUGACCCCCGAACCGGAAGCCAGCCCGGAAGAAAGCGCGACCCCUGCGAAGACCGAGCAACCGUCCGAGCCUGAGCCGUCCGAGCCCGAGCAACCUGAAACCCGACCAUCCUCCUCCAAAGAAGCAACCUCCCCCGUCAAAUCCAUUGAUGUGCCCUCCUCUCCCGAAGACAAGGGAUCGCGCACGUCGCGGCUCCUCCGCCGGAUGUCGUCUAUCACCUCGCGCAAAAGCGCUGUAAGCCCGGUUGUGAGCGAAGUCGCCCCGAGCACCAGUCCCGAGCGGACCACCGAGAUGCCGCAGGCGAUCGACAUUGGCGAGGUGAACGUGCAGUUCCCCGACACCCUCCUGUGGAAGCGGCGGUUCGUGCGGAUCGACGACAAGGGAUACCUGGUGCUGACACCGGGCAACGUGGACUCGAGCAACCGCAACAUCGUGAAGCGGUACCACCUGAGCGAGUUCCGGACGCCGUGUCUGCCGGACGAGGACCGGCAGGAACUGCCCAACAGCAUCCUGCUGGACUUUCUUGAUGGCAACACGCUGCAGUGCGCCUGCGAAUCGCGACAGGGACAGACCUUUGUGCUUCAGAGUGAGUCUCCCUCAUGAUUUCCCUCCAUUCAUUCCCCCCGGUCAUUGUGUCAAGCUAACAUAUACAGCCCUCGUCGACGCCCACAGCACCUACCAAACCGC